CACCUAUUUUACCUCUUGCCUAGCAAGCAUCCUCUUCCACAGCUCCAGCUACCCUCCCUAGCCCUGCUUUUUCCCUCCCAAGCGUACCCUACCCGGUACCAAUUCACCCUACAACCAUGAUCUUCGGAGGCCUUGAGUUAGUCGCAGGCGGCUAUCUGCUCCACCGGCACUACCGCAAAAAGAACCAAGCAAAUACCGCUGAAGAUAACGCCCAGCACAGAAGGCAUCACACCUUCCCCAGUGCAAUCUGCCCGAAACAGCAGCAGCAGCACCACAACAUCCAACACCCAUCACAACCACCCCAGCACCAUCAACCCACCCCUCCCCAUCAAAAAUACGCCUACUACGCAAUAGCACCCCAACCCCGGCCACAACUCUACACCCCCCAAACUCUUCCUACCCAGGAUUUCCACCACCACCCACCACCUCUCCCCCCGCACCAGCGCCCCCCUCCUCUCCCACAAACCCACAGCUUCACCAUCCCCCGGCGUCCCGUACCUGAGCGGAAACCCCAAAUAAUAAUUCAGCCCUCGCUCCAACGCUCCGACUCCUUCGCCACCCUCUCCCGCAUGCCCAUCGCCAACGGCUCGCGGCCGCACGACGUGCGCGAAGAAAGUCCUGCCUGUAUAACACCUACUGCUGGCGCAGCGCUCGGAGUAGCAACAGGCACAGUAUAUGGGAACCACGGAUACUCCAUGUCGACGCCGGCGUUUGGUGCCACGGCUACGUCGCCCGGGUUGACGUACGAGAUGGCUACGCCGGAGCAGGUCGAGGGCUGGGAGAGGUAUGGCGCGUAUGGCCGUGAAGACAGGGACGAGGCGAGACCGCAUUAUGCCCCCACCGUUUCCACGGAGCUGGGGGAGCGGGAUGUUGCGCCGCCGCCGUAUGUUCCUUGAUGCCGUCAUUACAUGUUUGAGCUUUUAGCGCUUUUCCUUUCUUUGUUUUUAAUCUUCUUGCGCCCGGAUUGCGGCUUGUUUGGGUUCUACAUCUCUUAGUGACUGCCAUUUUCUUUGGCAUGUGUAUAGUAUUUUUUUUUGUUUAAAUUGAUGGAAUGGGAUUUUAUUGCAUAGCAUAACUCUUGGUGUUAAUCACUGGUCCCGCCGUCAUCACGCGGACAACCCAUGCUGAAGGAAUCGCUCUCUCUCUCUCUCUCUCUCUCUGUACCGAUUGACUCCUCAGCUCAGCCCCCAAUCCAUAUAUCUUAGUAUACACGACUCAGACGCCACAUCACAUCAAACGA